AGUUAGUUAGUUAGGGUUACUCUUCAUGUCUUGUGACUCUCUUCUUGGUGGAGGCUCAUUGUGUCUAUCCAAACGUAAAGCUCAGGAUCGUUGAUGAGACAGUGAUCAAGAUCUGUUGUUUUGACAGAUUGAUCUUUUCAUCUCUUCAUUAUGAAUGUUAGGACUUAUGUAACACAUUAGUGUAAUGUCUUAGAUUAGACAACUGAAAUCUUCUUUAGUUUGAGAUGGACAGAUUUAUUUUGUUAAUGUUAAUUAAAUCAAAAUGUUCAGUCUGUUUCUGUGGCGUCUGCAGCUACGGCGUCAUGAAGACAGAUCUCGAAACAAGCGAAUCUGACGAGCUUGAGCAGAAUAAUCCGGUUUAGAGCUUUAGACCGUCCUGCGGCGAGCGAGGAGCCGAGGGGGGUUGUGGGUAAUUGGAUGUGACCAAACGGGACCUGACGUUUCAGAAAAACUGAAAAUGUGUCAUGCUUACUGUAACAGUGGUAAACAGCACGGUAGAGCCGGAAAGCUUUAAGGUGCAGACCAUGAGCCCAAUCUGAGACGGGAACGCGGUACACAUGAUCAAUGACACUCGUUCACUUGCAUCUGAUUCGUCACACAGAAUUACAGCAGAAGAUUCUUCUUUAUUUGAAGGCUGUUAAUGUGAUUAUGUGGGACUGAAGAUCCAAUCAGGAAGAGGUUUAGUGGGAUUAGCGCUGACGUGAACACUUCUUAGCUUUUCUUCUUCCCAUCAGAGCUAUGCGACAAAAACACGCUCACACACCUGUGAUGUCAUCUGUCUGUGUGAUCAUGGUGCGAUUGAGUCGGGGGAAAGAGCAGACGGACAGACAGACAGACAGACAGACAGACGGGCGGGGGCGUUAGGGUUUAUAAGGGCGUGCGAAUCAUGAAAACAAGCAGAGAUUGAAGCAGAAGACCCACACACACAUUCAGCUCUUCAGUCGCUCCUGCUGCAGUCAUGUGUGUCUCUCUUCACUGUGUGUUACUGUGUGUUUCACUGGCACUCACUGCUGCUUACGAUUCCCAGGAGAGCCGCGAGUCGUUUGAGGUGUUUGUGAAUCCGUAUCAAGCAAAUACUUUCAUGAGAAAUCCACGAAAUGGAAUAUACAACCCAUACGUCUACAGGAGGAUGAAGACUCCAGCCGAGCGCCGGGCCGAGAUCUGUGAAGACUUCUCUCCCUGCCGUCUGCUUGCGCUCCGCUUCGGCUCACAGCUGGCCUAUCAAACGUAUUUCAACGCUCAGCAGCACAGGCCCAGCCCACAUCUGCGUCCGUACUGAGCCCCGCCUCUGACUCAAUGAAACCGUUGAGCUCCGCCUCCGACCCCGCCUCCGACUCAAUGAAGCUGCUUCAUUUAACCUGUUGACUGUCACAUAUUUUAUUAAUUUUUAGAAAAUAGGUGUCAUUGGAAAGCUUAAACACUUGAAAUUCAUCCAGGGAAAACUUUUUUAAUAUUGGACAUUAUGUUGCCAUGGAAAUGCACCUUAAAAUAUUUUAUCAGCAAAAUAUGAAACGUUUAGUUCAGAACAUUUACUUUGUCUGCUUGCUAUUAACUUUCUGACCAACCAAAGCAUUCAUGAAUUGCAACUAUUUGAGUAUGGAUCUAUGUUUAUAAAGAGAGGUGACAGUUUACAGGUUAAAUAAUCAUUUAUAUAUCAGUUUAACCCUAUUCACACACACACACACACACACACAUAUAUAUAUAUAUAUCCUUUUGUGCCAUGCAUACGUUACUAACGUCCUCUCGUUCAAUGACAAUGGGUCAGUUUGCCCAGAUAUUAACACAAUACUGACAAUUUCUCUUUUGUUUAAGCAUUAAAAGAAGUUCGGUAUUUUAUACUUAUAGACCUUUUUUAAGAUUGUUUCUGAUGAAAUAGAAUGGUUAAGAUUAACAUUUGGACACAAGCUGUUGUCCCGAGAAUUUCUGUGUGAGCACUACAUCACACCCCUCUUUUUUGUGAGCAUAUCAGUGGACACCCCAGACCACUCGGUGAGUUUAAUGAAGGGUUGUUCCAGUGCUCCUAUGCAACCAUUGUGGAGGUGGGGGUCAGGGGGUGCAACCACAGAAACAGACAAUUCUCAGGACAACAGCUUGUGUCCAAAUGUCAAUCUAAACCCUUCUAUUUCAUCAGAAACGAUCUUAAAACAGGGCUUUAAGUGUAAAAUAAAAUUUAUUCAAAGCUGAGUUCAUGACUGCAAAUGUUUUUCUUAAUAGAUUCAAUUUAAAAAAUGAACCUAAUGUGAGGACUAAAAUGUUGAAGCCAUGUGUUUCACAAGAGAGUCGUAUAUGAUGCUGUUUUUUAAUCUGUCUUUGUUUAUCAAUAAAGCGCUUUCACAAGUCAGCUCCUGCAAACCUG